UUUCCAGCCUCGCCUGUAUCGGUUUUGAGUCCCAAAAGCAUACUCUUUGUAAUAUAGACUGCUAGCAAAACUACUGUCGAUCAAGAUCGGAGACUACGGGUACAGAUUGGGGAAAAGUGUGUUUCUGUUGUCUGUGAGUGAGAGUUAGCGAUGGUGUCGUAUAUGAGUUUGGUGAUGUAUGGAGUGGGCGGAAUAGUGGUGGCCGGAAUGGCAUUAUUGGUGGUGUUUCAGGAAAAACUAGUCUAUGUACCGGUUUUACCUGGUCUCACCAAGUCCUAUCCAAUCACACCAGCUCGACUACGCAUGAUUUACGAAGAUGUAUGGCUUACUUCUUCCGAUGGUUUACGCCUUCACUCCUGGUUCAUCAAGUUCUCGCCAGAUUGCACAGGCCCAACUAUUCUAUUCUUCCAAGAAAAUGCUGGAAAUAUUGCACAUCGCCUUGAGAUGGUGCGAAUAAUGCUACAAAAGUUGCAGUGUAACAUCUUCAUGCUAUCCUACAGAGGAUAUGGUGCUAGUGAUGGCUAUCCAUCUCAACAAGGAAUCAUUAGGGAUGCUCAGGCUGCUCUAGAUCAUCUCAGCCAGAGGACAGACAUUGACACUUCUCAAAUAGUUGUAUUUGGAAGGUCUCUUGGUGGAGCAGUUGGUGUUGUAGUUACCAAAAAUAACCCUGACAAGGUUGCUGCACUAAUACUGGAGAACACAUUUACAUCAAUUCUAGACAUGGCUGGUGUUUUGCUACCCUUUUUAAAAUGGUUUAUCGGUGGAAGCAUCUCAAAAGGCCCAAAAAUUCUUAACUUUGUUGUCCGUUCUCCCUGGAAUACCCUCGAUACAGUCGGCGAGGUGAAGCAACCGAUUCUUUUUCUUUCUGGACUACGCGAUGAGAUGGUUCCGCCACUUCACAUGCAGAUGCUAUAUGCGAAAGCAGCUGCACGGAACAAACGGGCAACGUUUGUAGACUUCCCUAAUGGCAUGCACAUGGACACCUGGCUGGCUGGUGGUGAUCUUUAUUGGAAAACUGUCCAAUCAUUUUUACAAAAAAAUGUUAUCCAAAACAAUGAUACAGAAACACGAUGACCAAGUUGGAUAAAGGUCUGAUUGUGAUUGCUAGUAAAGAGGGGUUUCAUCAUUUCAAAUCAUUUGUUGAGGAAGAAUUGUUUUCGGUUUAAGGAAUUUUAGAUGGUGCUACAUGACUUGGAUUAGAAAUACAUCCAACUUUUUUUUUUUUUUUUAAUUAAUUUUGUUCGAAAUGAUCUUUUAUGCUUUGAAAUGUAUUUGAAUUUGUUUACAUCUACAAAUACGUGUUUUGG